AUGUCUACAGGAGCACUGUCGCCGAAGAAGGCUGCUGAACGAACCCUCGAGACCGGCGUACACCACUUGGAGGAGGAUUUGCAAUUGACGUUUCUCAAGAAUGUCUACGGUGCUCUCUUGAUCUCGGCAGGAGGCUUGCUCUCUCUUACCCUGGUUACUGGCACCCCGGGGCUGUCAGAGGCCAACCCGGGACUCCCACGUAUCUUGCAAGGAUUAACAUUCCCUGUCGGCCUAGUCCUGGUCUAUCUCGUGGGAGCUGAGUUGUAUACCGGAUACCCUAUGUGGUAA